AUGCCUCUUUUAGUCAACAAGCACAGCAACUUCUCUUGCAUUCUUUUCUUCAUAAUCGUCCAUUUGUUUCUACCUUGUUCUCAUACACUUUCUUUCAAUAUAACUAGGUUUGAUAAAAGUUCAAAUCUUCCCAUACUAUAUGAAGGUGAUGCUUCAGUAUCAGAUGGAGCUAUUGAGCUUAAUUCUGUGGAGUAUAAGUACCGUGUAGGCCGAGCUACAUAUGCAGAGCCUGUGCAGCUAUGGGAUCCGUCUACUGGUGUACUUGCAGACUUUAGUACGCAUUUUUCGUUCACUAUUGAUACUCCUGUACAUUAUGGAGGUGUUUCUGGCAAUGGGCUUGCUUUUUUUCUUGCACCUGUUGGCAAUCAGAUUCCACUCAAUUCAGUAGGUGGGUUCUUGGGAUUGCUGAACACAACUACCAAUGCUGUCACGUCAAGAAAUCAGUUGGUCGUGGUUGAGUUUGAUGAUUUUCUUGAUGAAGAAUGGGAUCCGGAGGUCCAACACGUUGGAAUCAAUGAGAAUUCAAUGUCUUCUGCUGUCUAUGCCAAUUGGGAUCCUUUAGAAUAUGUUGGAGUUCCCGCUAAUGUUUGGAUAAAUUAUAAAGCUUCUACAAAGAAUUUAAGUGUCUUCUGGACACACAAAGAGAACCCAUCUUUCAAGGGCAAUUAUAUUCUUUCUUAUCACAUUGAUCUUGAGCAAGUUCUUCCUGACAGGGUCAUAAUUGGAUUUUCAGCAGCUACAGGCGAGUUCGUCGAGAAAAAUACCAUUCACUCGUGGGACUUCACUUCAAAUUUGGAUAUCAAAGAUUCCACAGAGCCAACCAAAAAAAGUUCAAGAGGGCCAAAGGUAUUUUUGAUAGUGUUUCUUGUUUGUCUAUUCUUUGUAGUGCCUGUACUUGGAGUUGGUUAUUGGUUUAUUUUGAAGAAGAGCGUAACAACCAAGAAUGAUAAGCAAAAGGGUAAAAUGAAUAACAGCAAGAAGGCUGGUCACUCCGUAAAUACUGAUCUCGAAAUGGGAUCUUUGCCCAAAAAAUUCACUUACAAGGAACUUGCUAGAGCUACCAAUGAUUUUGCAGUUGAUAGGAGGCUAGGCCAAGGAGGGUCUGGGCUUAUUUAUAAAGGGACAUUGAAUGAUCUAGACAGGAUGGUUGCUGUGAAGCGAGUCUUUGCUGAUUCGCAACAUUCGCAAAGUCUUUUCGUCAAUGAAGCAAAGAUUAUAAGCAGAUUAAUACACAGAAACUUGGUGCAAUUCAUUGGAUGGUGUCACGAGCGAGGUGAGUUCUUACUUGUAUAUGAAUACAUGCCUAAUGGUAGCCUUGAUGCUCAUCUUUUUGGGAACAGAAAACCUCUUCCUUGGAAGUUAAGACAUAAAAUAGCUCUGGAACUAGCAUCAGCCCUUCAAUAUCUUCAUGAAGGUGUAGAGAAAUGUGUCCUUCAUAGAGACAUAAAACCAGAAAACAUCCUGUUAGAUAAUGAUUUCACAACUAAACUUGGCGAUUUUGGGAUUGCGAAGCUAGUGGAUGCACGUUUCAUAACUGAGACAACAAACCCACUAGGUACAAGAGGUUACAUAGCACCAGAAUACCAGAUAGAUGGCAGGGCUAGUAAAGACUCAGACAUGUUUAGCUUUGGAGUUGUUGCACUGGAAAUUGCCUGUGGAAGGAGGAACUACAGAAACGAAGACCCUUUGCGGCUGAUAAAAGAAGUUUGGACAUACUACAAAGCCGGAAAUAUUCUUGAUGCAGCAGAUGAUAGAUUAGAUACAGACUUCGAUUCGGAAGAACUAAAAUGCUUGAUGAUUGUGGGUCUGUUAUGCACGAACCCAAUCGACAAGGAAAGGCCUAGUGUUGGGCAAGUAAUUCAGUUUCUCAAGUUUGAAAGUCCAUUGCCAGAACUUCCACAUAUGAUGCAUGAUCCUGUCUUCCAUCUUCCCAACCCUGUCAGUAUUGAGAACUUCUAUUCAGGUGUGCUGAAGUACGCUACUCACUGA